AUGGCAAGGACUGGCCAAAUGGAUACGACUUUUUUCGUAGGAGAUUACACGACGUUUUUAUCAAAAAUAAAGAUGAAAAAGACCCUCAGAAAAUACAACGGAUGA